AUGGUCGACGACUUUGCUUCUUCUAUCAUCCCUUCUGGCCAUGGCGCUGGUUCCAAGCACUGUAACAUGCUCGUCCAUGAUUGUAUCCUGCACGGAGAGCAAGCAGUGGCAGCAAGCAUUGGAGAUUCUGAACUUCUCACCAAUGAGCCUUUGUAUUGUGUCAACAGCAUCAUGGCCGUGAGCAGCUGGAUUGAAGUUCUACAGCUUCUGACGGCGAUGGAGUCCUCGCAUGUUCGGCCGGACAUGGUGAGCUUGCGCAAUGUAGUGGAAUCAUCGAAGUCGUCGGCAUGGACGUCUUCCUUGAGCACGGCUGUCUCCAUGAAGAACCGCGCCAUUUCAUCACAUCAGGAUGCAUCCUGGGGUGGCAUGUUUCUCAGAUGCAUUGGAAGUGAUUUGAGUACCACACCCAAGAUGUUGGUUGGAACCGGCUCGCGCUGGGCCUGGGUCCUUUCCAAUGUCUUGCAGCUGAUGUGUGUGGGGCGGGUUGAGCUGGGCCAUGUGAUGAGUGUCUUGGAGAUGGCCAAGCAGUGGCAACAAGCACUGGCGCUGUUGAGGGCCGCCCCAGUCUCGGUGGCCGGUGCCUUGCUGGAUAACAUGGCUGUGAAUUGCGUGAGUCGAGCUUGUGCGGACGCUUUGCGGUGGAAAGACUCGUUGUGGUUGCUCCACUCCACCGUGGACAGCUCCAUGGGGCAUGACAUCAGCUUCAAUAGCGCCAUCUCAGCUUGUGGAGCGAGCCGACAUUGGCAACUUGCCUUGCUUCUUCUCCACAGUAUGCUUGAUGGGGUCCUGUUGCCCACUGUGGUCAGCUAUGGUGCUGCUGUCGCUGCUUGUGAGUUCGAGUGGGAGGUUACAAUGCACCUGCUUUGCACGAUGUCCAGAGCUUUGAUUCGAGCUGAUGCCUAUGCCGAAAGCAGCGCCAUGACCUCGUGCUUGAGAGGCCGACAAUGGGAAGUCUCCUUGCAGCUUGGCACCUGUGGCGAUGAAGUGGUCGGUUCUGUGGCGAUUGCAGCUUGUGCAGCAGGUUUGUGCUGGCACAGGGCACUUGAAAUCAGUAGGAUGUUCACAUCCCACAUUUGUCAAAAUGCUGCUGUGGAUGCUUGUGCUUUGGGGAAAGCCUGGCGCUCCGCAGUGUGGCUCCUUUGUGGUGCGUUGCGGCCAUCGUUGUUUGCGGUCAACAGUGCAUUGAAAGGGCUCUCCGCCAAGGGCUUGUGGCGCAAGAGCUUAUGCACCUUUGCAACAGCCCCGUUCCCUGAUGUGACCACAUGCAGUUUGGCGGUUUUGGCAUGCGAGUCGGGGCAACACGCUGCCAUCCUCCAAGUGACCGAAGAAUUGCACUGGAAAGCUACCCAAGCGUUGAGCAAAGCAUGCGUGCACUUGUGUCAUUGGAUCAUGGAUCGUAAACAUGGUUCCAACACGUUGAGCAAAGCAGACGGCCGGAAAACCCUUUUGGUCCAAGGCCAAAACCCUGAAUGCAGCUUGUUUGCUGGUUGUUUCUUCCUGCGAGGCGGUUGCCUGUGA